ACGCAUGUUGUUUACGAAUUUAUAACCUUAAUACCAGUUGCUCAUUUAAAAUUAUAUUGAUUAUUGUAAUCUGUAACAAUUCAAUUUAUUAUGAUAAUAUUCAAAAUAUACUUCUUUUAAUGUUCUAUCACGAUGGUAAAGCGCGCUAUUAAGAAUUCGGGUUUGAGUGGAGGAGAAUCAAACAUAAUUAAUGAAAAUGGCAAAAGGCUUAACGAUUUGGAUAAUAAAGAAGGAAUAAAACGUAUAAAAACGAAAAGCUUAUAUCGUCAACCAACUGCUAACGAAUUGAAUAGGCUCCAGGAAACUGAGAAUUUGUUUAACUCGAACUUAUUUAGACUUCAAAUUGAAGAGAUACUGCAAGAAGUUAAGAUAAAAGAUAAAACUGUAAACAGAAUUAAAGAAUGGUUCUCAGACUUUAAAACACACUUAUUAUCCAUACCUGAAGACGAAACUGAAUAUGAUUUAAGUGAAAAAUCGUUUGCUAAGCAACUAAACGUUAAACUACCAAUCAGUAAAGAGCACAACAAAACAAAAGUUAUGUUUAAAUUUUACAAAUUUACUGAUGUCGAAAUAGUUGGUUCAUAUCCCCUGGGAUGUUCAAUUAAUUCAAAAUUAAUAGUUGAUUUACAAAUUGCGGUACCAGCCGAGACUUAUACUAAGAAUGACUCAAUAAAUUAUAAAUACCAUAAAAAGCGAGCUGCAUAUAUAGCUUAUAUUGCUUCUUAUUUGACGCAAACAGACAUAAUAGAGGAAUUAAAAUAUUCAUUUUUAAAUGGAUGUGAAACAAAACCAUCCAUUGAUAUUAAACCCAGUGGAAAACUUGGCAAUCAUUUAGCUAUGCGUCUGAAUCUUGUGUGUGAUGCUGAAGCCUAUAAAUUACACAGAUUUAGUCCAACUCGGAAUAAUUUAAGAGAAUCAUGGUUGUAUUCCACUGAAAAUCAGGAAAAUGUUUCUGAAAUUGGUCCACCAACCCCAUAUUAUAACAGCAGUGUGAUGUGUGAUCUUACUGCAUCAUAUAACCAAGAUUUCCUAAAAGAAAUAUUGAUGAACAGUGAAAAUUUGAAGCAGGCUGUAGUUUUGCUUAAGAUAUGGAUCAAGCAGCAUGAUUUACAAGUAUCUGGUUAUGUGAUCAGCAUGUUGAUUGCAUACCUUGUACAGUCAAAGAGAAUUAACAAUAUAAUGAGCAGUUAUCAAAUUGUACGGAAUGUUUGGAUAGCAUUGAAAUCAUCGGAAUGGGAUUCAAAAGGCAUAUCUUUGAAUAAAGACCAGAAAACACCAUCAAUAGAAGAGUUUCACCAGCAUUUUCCCAUCGUAUUUGUUGAUAAAACUGGCUAUUACAAUAUAUGCUGGCAGAUGUGUAAGGGCACUUACUGUGCUUUGAAGAGAGAAUCUGCACUCGCAAUAGAAAUAUUGGACAAUGGAAAAAUAAAUGGCUUCAUUCCAUUGUUUAUGACACCUGCCACAGAUUUGUUGCAGUUCGAUAAUAUACUGAGAUUUGAUAGUUUCCCUGAAGUGAAGGAAAAUGUGUUAAGUAGAGUUCCGAAACAAACAAGAAUGAACUAUGGUCUUGAUCAUUUGUCACUGGUAACGGACACCCUGUAUAACUUAAUAUCUAAGGGUCUUAGUAACAGAGUUGAUUUGAUACAGGAAAUUGUUGAAGCAAAUUUCUCUUGGCCAGUCAAAACUACAUUGGAGAAAGCGAAAAAGGAAGGAUAUAAAGAAAAUUUGAUGUUCGGUUUUAUAUUGAAUGAAAAUUCAAUGAACAUCGUCGACAGAGGACCACCGGCUAACAGGCCUGAAGCGGAAGAGUUCAGGGAAUUCUGGGGCGAUAAGUCGGAACUGCGUCGGUUUCAAGACGGGUCCAUCACGGAGGCGUGCGUGUGGCAAGAAGGACCCGUCCUGCCGCAGAUCCUGCAAUAUCUACUGCUACAGAAGUAUGGCGUCCCGGCGGCGCGGCUGCGGCACGUGGGCGGCGAGCUGGCGGCGCUGGACGCCGAGGGCGAGCCGGGCCCGCGCACGCGCGCCGUGCUGGCCGCCUUCGACGGGCUGCGCGCCCAGCUGCGCGAGCUCGGCCAGCUGCCGCUCGACGUCACCGCCGUGCACGGCAUAUCCCCGGUGUUCAGCUACUGCGAGCCGUUCCCGGCGGCCGCGGGGCGGGGCUUGCGGCGCGGUGACGUCACUCUGCUGGCGGACGGCGGCGCCUACACGCCCGUCAACAGGGCCGUGCUGGAGCUGACUUACAGCGGAAAGUGGCCGGGUGACUUGGAAGCGUUCCGCUGCCUUAAAGCGGCCUUCCACUUGCAAAUAGCAGAGCGUCUAAAAAAGCAGUACUCUCUCCCGACCCAAGCCUACGACUCGCACGUCGACGUGCUCAAAAACGGUCUAGUCUUCCGUCUUCAGAUCGCUCACCCCAAGGAGAUAACACUCCUACGGAGACAAGUGGAGGGGGGCGUGGUGAAGUUCAAGGAGAGCGCAGAGAGUGUGGAGCUGGAGCGCGAGACCGUGGCGCUGCCCAGACUGCGGGGGGCUCUGCACGGGCUGCAGCGGCGCCACCCCGGCUUCGGCGCCACGGCGCGCCUGCUGCGGCGCUGGCUGGCGAGCCACCUGCUGGCGCCGCACUUCGCGCCCGAGCUGUGCGCGCUGCUGGCGGCGGCCGCGACGCAGCGCGCGGGCGGCGCGCGCGCCGGCGCCGAGCGCGCCGCCCUGCUGCGCGCGCUGCGCCUGCUGGCCGACACCGACUGGCCGCGGGACGUGCUGCUGCUCGACCUCGGCGACGGCCUCGCCGAGGAGGAGAUGGCGGACAUCGAGCGGCGCCUUCGGGCGCAGUCGCCGCGGCCGAGCAUGUGCGUGUGGGCGGCGGGCGCGGACGCGGGCGCGGGCCCCCCGGGCGCCGUGCUGCGCCGCGCGCGGGGCCUGGCGCGCGCCGCGCUGCAGCACGUGCGGGCCGGCGGGGACGUGCUGGAGGUGUUCGUGCCGUCGCUGCGCGGCUACGACGCGCUGGUGCGGCUGCGGGCGCGGGGGUGGCGGCGCGGGGGAGCGGGCGCGGCCGAGGCGGCGGACGGCGAGGGCUUCAUUCCGGUCGUUGAGUUCGAUCCCGUGCAGAAAUAUUUGGACGAGUUGAGAUCAGCAUAUGAUGACUUCGCAGUGUUCUUCUACGAUGAGUAUGGAGGGGACGUCAUCGCGGUCCUGUGGAAGCCAGAUAUUGACGAACCUAGAGAAUUUCAGACAUUAAACGCGAACGCGUUAAUGCCCGUGACAAUAAACGGAGAGACGAAGUACAAAGUGAACAUCGAGGCCAUUCUUGAAGACUUCCGGAUCCUCGGCGAAGGUCUCGUGAUCGAAGUGAGCCAACCAACCGAGUGACGACGCCUUCUACAUUAUUUUAUUCAAAUAGGUUUGGCAGACUGGCAAAUGGGCCACCUGAUGGUAAGUGGCAACCACUGUCCAUAGACAUCACCACUGUAAAUUGUAAGUAUUGCUUACAUUGCUAAUGCGCCACCUUGGGAACUAAGAUGUUACGUCUCUGGUUAAAUGGGCGAUACCUACAGACGGGCUUGCGCAAAGCCAUACCACCUACAUUCAUAAAAAAGUACAGAAACUUG